GCCGAGCUUACGACGUCACACUCGUUUUCUUCAUCGUACCAUAAGAAACACCACUGAAAAAUGGAAUUGCGUGCUGUGUUGAUUGUAGCAACAAUGGCGGCUGUCGCAAUGGCCCAGCCUCGCCACCCCCCAGCCAAGGAAAUCAUCAUCGAUGGGAAAAACGUGACCAUCGCACUCACCGCGACCGCCUACUUCUCGAACGCCAUCCAAAAGCCUUUCGUCGAGGUAAUGGACGUAAUCACCGGCGUGCUCGCUCCCCCAACCCCCGAAGAAGAUAUCGACUACUUCAGUCUGAUCGAGGAGGACGUGAAGGAGGUGGUGGGUGAGUACAUCAAUCAGCACAACAUGGACCAGAUCAACGCGUACAAAUACGACCUCGCUGACCUACUCGACAGAUAUGGCCACGCUCCGGUGUCAAGUUCGACUUACCCCGACAAGAACACCGUAGCCAACAGCGUCUCGACCGCCAUUGUGGCGAACCGCUUCCUCGUGGAGGCCGUCGAGUGGCCGUACUCCAUGAUGCUCCACUACGCGGACAUCGCCUCCAUGCACCUCAUGGUGCUCCAGGACGUGUCUGAGACGUACACAACCGAGGGCGAGACGCCGUCCCGCUGGUGGAUCGACCUGGACAACGAGCUGGCGCAUUACAUCGAGUACGGCAGGAUGCUCGAGGAUACCGUCGUCGACUGGCGUAACGACUUGGUCCACUGUUCCUUCGAGGAGUGCGUCAAGAAGGAAGUGAAGUUCACUAAAAAAAUCUCCGAAAAACAAAGAAUUUCAGGAAAAAAAGACUGCUUCGAUGUCUGGACAGUGGUGGACGACGUAGCCGAAAUACAGGACGACUGCACGGAGCUGCAUGGAGACACCAGCUGUGAUGAUCACUGCCAGGCUUACCAGAUCAAUAUGAACCGCGAAGUGUCGGCCUACGUAUACAGCUACCUGGGCCGCCCAAUUGAGCAGUGGCAGGAGAUGAAGGUAAAGAGCUCGGAGAUGGCGGCGCUGGCUAGCGGCGGCGGCAACUGAAAUCCAGCGGAGGCACAACUGAACUUCAGCGGUGGCGUCGACUGAACUUCAAUGGAGGCAGCAACUGAGCUUCAUUGGUGGUUGCAACUGAAUUUAAUGGCGGUGACAAUUUAACUUCAGCGGCGGCGGCGGCAACUGAACUUUAGUGGCCGUGGCAACUGAACUUUAGUGGCGUUGGAAACUGAAGUUUGGUGUCCGCCGCAGCUUAACUUUAAUGACGGUGGCAAUAGAAAUCAAGAAACGUUAGCAACUGAACUCAAGUGACAGUGGUAACUUCAGCUGUGAUGAAAUUUGAACUCAAGUCUGUUGGCAACCGCCGCCGAAGGGCCAUAAGAAAAGAUGGUAGAACUUUAAAUAUCUUUAUUUUCAACAGACGCAGAUAUCUUUCAGGGAUUUGCAAAUUGAUGA